CUGGAAGAGCAGGGAGCCCGGCGGCGACCUCGCCACGCAGCCGCAGAGGCACAGCCCAAGCCGAGGUCGGCAGAAAGGGGGCUACGCCCCCUGGAUCGCGGCAGGAACCCGGGCUGGCCCGCCUUCCCUGCCACAGGCUGAGCCGGCCCCAGAAGUGAUGAAAGCCUCGGCCGAGUCCAGGUCACGCCGAAGCCGUUGCCCUUUUAAGGGGGAGCCUUGAAACGGCGCCCGGGUUCCAUGUUUGCAUCCGCCUCGCGGGGAGGAAACUCCAUGUUGUAACAAAGUUUCCUCCGCGCCCCCUCCCUCCCCCUCCCCCCAAGAACCUGGCUCCCCUCCCUUCCGAAGCUUGCGGGGAUCCCUCCCUCCCACCCCUCCCCUCCCCCCCGCGCCCCGAUUCCGGCCCGAGCCGGGGGGGAGGCCGGGCGCCGGGGCCAGAGUCCAGCCGGAGCGGAGUGCGCCCGGCCCCAUGGACAGCUCGGCCGUCAUUACUCAGAUCAGCAAGGAGGAGGCGCGGGGCCCGCUGCGGGGCAAAGGAGACCAGAAGUCAGCAGCUUCCCAGAAGCCCCGGAGCCGAGGCAUCCUCCACUCUCUCUUCUGCUGCGUGUGCCGGGACGAUGGGGAGGCCCUGCCAGCCCACAGCGGGGCUCCCCUGCUUGUGGAGGAGAAUGGUGCCAUCCCCAAGACCCCAGUCCAGUACCUGCUCCCCGAGGCCAAGGCCCAGGACUCCGAUAAGAUCUGCGUGGUCAUCGACCUGGAUGAGACCCUGGUGCACAGCUCCUUCAAGCCGGUGAACAAUGCGGACUUCAUCAUCCCUGUGGAAAUUGAUGGGGUAGUCCACCAGGUGUAUGUGCUGAAGCGGCCGCAUGUGGAUGAGUUCCUGCAACGAAUGGGGGAGCUCUUCGAGUGUGUCCUGUUCACUGCCAGCCUCGCCAAGUAUGCAGACCCAGUAGCUGACCUGCUGGACAAGUGGGGGGCCUUCCGGGCCCGGCUGUUCCGGGAGUCAUGUGUGUUCCACCGGGGCAACUACGUGAAGGACCUGAGUCGGCUGGGCCGCGACCUCCGGCGAGUGCUCAUCUUGGACAAUUCGCCUGCCUCCUAUGUCUUCCAUCCGGACAACGCUGUGCCUGUGGCCUCCUGGUUUGACAACAUGAGUGACACGGAGCUCCAUGACCUCCUUCCCUUCUUUGAGCAACUCAGCCGGGUGGACGACGUGUACUCGGUGCUCAGGCAGCCUCGGCCAGGGAGCUAGUGAGGCGCUAGGGGGCCAGGACCUGCCCCACCCACCCCGCCACACCUCCCACGCAGACUGCAUGUGUGCCCCUACCUGCACCUGCGCUCUUUCUGGAGCAAGCCAUGGGCAGUGCCACCCACCUACUCAGUGCCUUGGGGAAGCGGGCGUCUCCCCCCACCAGCCUCGCCUCACCUUGCGGGGGCUGCCAGGGAGCAGCCAGAGGUUAUGCCCAGGAUGAUGAGCUCUUGGGCCCUCUGUGUCAGUGCCUUCGAACCUCUUUGCGACUUCUAGGGCAAGGCUGGGGGCCCUGCCUUCCGCUCCCUGUUCUGUCUUCUCUCCAUGCUGCCAUGUUUUUUUUCUGCUGCCAAAUCGGGCCUUUUGGCCCAUCCCAGUUCUGCUUAGGGGGGCGGGGUCACUGCUGCCCCAAGCCUUGGGCACACACCCCAACACAUUGACCCACACCCUCCAACACCCAAGCCUGGGCAUGGUGGACACCAAGUGCCUGCUCCAUCUCCUAGGGGGCAGCACCUCGACCUGGGUCAGUUCUUGCCCCAGGCAGGGGACGGGGAGGCCUGCCUUCCCCGCCCACUCCCCUUUACCUUUGGGACUGAGAGCCUCUCCAGCCCCCAUCCCCUGUGCCUUCACCACCCUCAGAGCUGAAUGCAGGACCCUCUGCGGUGCCAUAUAAAUAUGUAUAUGUGUAUAUAGAUUUUUAGGGGAAGGGUCAGGUGAAGACACUCUCUCACCCCUUCCCUGGGCCCGGGAACUUGGGGUUGGGAGGGAAAGGAUUUUUACAUUUUUAAAAAACUGCUAUUUUCUGAAUGGAACAAGCUGGGCCAAGGGGUCUCAGGCUCUGUUCCCCCCACACCCUCUGUGCUCCAUUCAUUUCAUUAAUUCAUUGAUGCCUUAACCCAUCAGCCAAAUGUUAGGUGGAGGUGGGGGGAACCACUUAAUCGGGG